CUGCACUCGAACAAUGGGCGUAAUUUCAAAGACGAUCGUCAUUUUCACCUGUUUUACAUCCUUAUAUGGUCAAGCCGUUUAUCCUGUGGACAUUACAAAUGGUUUAGGACGAAGAUUUGAUGGUAUCGGUGGAUUGAGUGCUGGUGCGUCUUCAAAGCUUCUUGUGAAUUAUCCACAAAAACAGCGAGAUGAAAUUCUAGACUAUCUAUUCAAACCAAACGUAGGAGCUAGUCUACAAAUAUUAAAGGUGGAGAUUGGGGGCGAUGCACAGAGCACUGACGGUACGGAAGCAACACAUAUGAGAAAUAGAAACGAUACUAAUUAUUUACGUGGUUAUGAAUGGUGGUUGAUGAAGGAAGCCAAAAAGAGAAACCCAAAUAUCAAGCUUUAUGGUUUACCUUGGGGUUUCCCAGGAUGGGUUGGUAAUUAUACACAAAAUCCCUAUACAGACGCUGGUCAAUUAGCUGAAUAUGUCAUCAGUUGGAUCCUGGGAGCUCGGGAAGUGAACGGCCUGGAUAUUGACUAUAUUGGGAUUUGGAAUGAGAGAAUGUAUGAUAUAAAGUAUGUAAAAACUUUAAGAAAACAGCUUGAUAUGAAUAAUUUUACUUCCGUAAAAAUUAUAGCGGCGGAUUAUUUUGGCUGGAAUAUAGCAUUUGAUAUUAUGAAGGAUCCAGAAUUUGAUGAUGCCAUAUACGGUAUUGGGGUUCAUUAUCCCGGAACUUCAACAUCCGUGGGAGCCUUGCAGACUGGUAAACCUCUAUGGUCUUCUGAAGAUUUCAGUUCUUUAGAUGACCUAGUUGGAGGAGGUUGCUGGGCUAGGCUGUUAAACAGAAACUAUGUCAACGGAUUUAUGACUAGUACAAUAUCAUGGGCCCUAAUUGCUAGUUGGUAUGAAGGAUUGCCAUAUAACGGAGAUGGGUUGAUGACUGCCAAUGAACCAUGGAGUGGUCACUAUGAUAUAGAAACACCAAUUUGGGUCAGUGCCCACACAACCCAAUUUACAACAACAGAAUGGUCAUAUCUUCAACACGGUUCUGGGGUAGGUAAUUUGCAGUAUGGCGGAACCUUUGUAUCCCUCGUAAGUCCCGACCAAAGUCAACUGACAAUAGUAAUAGAGACAAUGAGUCACGAUACUUCAGUUUGUAUAAGACCCAAACUCCCAGCCUACAAUGUGUCAAGUCAAAGCGUUGAAUUUAAUUUAAAAGGAAAACUAGGAAAUAUUCGCCAGUUUUAUGUCCGAUAUAGCAAACUAAGUCGGGACCAAACAUUCCAAAUGUUCACGCGCAAAGAUCCUAUUUCUGUCAUCAAUGGAAUUGUGCGAUUAAAUCUUGGGGUAGACGAAGUUUGGACUUUGACAACUGUUAGUUCCGGUAAUAAGGAAGUUACAACCCCUCCGCCUAGUAAACCGUUUCCAGUGCCUUAUCAUGAUGAUUUUGAGGAAGCACCUGUUUAUUCUGAACCAAAUAAUCUCUCACCUCAAAUAGGAAGUUUUGAAAUCGUCCAAACUGGAUCCCCACCAAAUCAGGUUGUUCGGCAAACGUCCCUUCAACCAUCUGUCGAGUGGUGUGCCGCGGACAGUCUUCCCAGAAGUCUCGCUAUCAUAGGAUCAUAUCAGUGGGUUAAUGUAAACAUUAGCAUCCGGUUUAAUUUAGAUUUGCCUGGUAGUGCCAAUGGUAUAUUUUUGGCAGCUCGUAUUAAUGAAACGGGUUGUGACUCGCACAAGGCUUUUGGAGUGUUUCUGGUAAUCUACCCCACUUUAAACCGUUAUUUACUUAAUUCAGAUAUUGCUAGCUUGCACACUGUGCAAUAUGGAAACCUUACAAGUGUUCCCAUCUACAAAGAAUGGAAUACCGCUGGACUUUCCGUAAACGGUUAUAAAGCAACUGCCGUAUUUAACAAUAAAAUGUUAUUUAGUAUUUCACUCCCUACGUCCCCAGAACCAGGUUUUUACACUUGA